GCACUUCGAGCUGGACACCGGACGGAGGCACUUCGAGCUGGACACCGGACGGAGGCACUUCGGGCUGGGCACCGGACGGAGGCACGUCGGGCUGGGCACCAGACGGAGGCACAUCAGGCUGGACGCCGGAUCACUAGGUGGAGCAGCGGGCACCGGGCCACCAGGCGGGGCAGCGGGCACCGGGCCACCAGGCGGAGCAGCGGGCACCGGGCCACCAGGCGGAGCAGCAGGCACCCGGGCCACCAGGCGGAGCAGCAGGCACCGGGCCCCCAGGCAGGGCGCAGGCACCGGGCCCCCAGGCAGAGCGGC